UAAAACAAAAUACAAAUUGCCAUAGACAGGUGCGAGAAUGAUGUCAGGGAGCGGAAGUCGCGCUUACGUUGCCGUGUUUCACUUCCUCACGCAUAGGAAAGGAAAGUGAAGAAGUUGUUUAUUCAGUUUUCGUCUUCAACAUGAGCGAGCCACCAGCGCUUAGCGGUUCCAGUUUGACCACAAAGGAGCUGCAGCAGAGGUGGCGAGAGGCGAAAGGGACGCAGCGAGCACACAAAGUGCUGUUCGACAUCCCGUCCAGUUGCGUUGUUGAGGACGCCUGCUGCAAACAUGUGGUGAGACACCAAAAGGUGUACCAGGUGGCGGUGAUGGCCUGUGGAAGUUUCAGCACCCGUCACGUGAUCGUGGAGCGGCGUUACAGCGACUUCUCCCACUUCCAUCAAAAGCUGACGGAGGAGUUCGGCGAGGAGGUUGAGGAUCUGGCGCUUCCCUGCAAGCACCUGGCGGGUCCAGUCGGGGGGCGGGGCUUAGCUCUGCAGGACUACCUGAACCAGGCGUUUGCGGUGCGCUGCGUGCGACACUCGCCACUCGUCCCGGACUUACUCACCGGCAAGGAGCUGAGUCGGGCCCGGGCCUCGCUGCGAGGCGGGCAGUUCCGAGCGGCGCUUGAGCAGCUGCACACGGUUUUGCAGAUCCAAGAGAAGCUGGCGCCGUGGCAGAGACCCACCCAGCUCGUCCCGGUCCUCGCCGCCAUUGCGGUUUGUCACCGCGACCUGGGGGAGCCCCUGGAGGCCGUGGCCGCCGCCCACCGAGCGCUUCCUGUCGUCAGACGCUGGAAAAUGAACGACUACCUCGGGGGUCUUCUGGAGACGCUGGUGGAUUUGAGCUACGGCCUCCAGCGACCCGUCGCCCACCUCCAGGAGGAACUGAUGGCGCUGCGGGACAGACAUGCCGCCUCCUGGCGCUCCCUGAAGGAGGUGGUUGUCCGUGACGUCACCUAACUGACACACAAAUGCCAUUUUUGUAGUUGUUGCUGAGAGAGUUUGCAUGCUUUAAAUACCGUAUUUCCUUGAAUUGCCGCAGGGUAUAUAGUAUGCGCCUGUCUUGAAUUACUGCCGGGUCAAACUUGCUUCUCAAAAUAAUUAGCGCAAGCUUAGUAUUACCUGGUCAAACUCGUGACGUCACGAGUGACACUUCCCCCUCUCAUCAUUUUCAAAAUGGAGGAGGCUGAUUUCAAUACCAGUAAUCUGAAAUCGCAUAAAGGGAAGAAGAUUAAGAGCUAUUCAGUAGGAUUUAAGGUCCAAGCUUACAUCACACUCAAAUUUGUUCUGCAUACUUUUGGGAAGUGCCGGAGUGAGAAGAAGUUUUAAAAACAUUGGCGCAUGCUUACUUUUACUGCAUGCCUUUGGUAAGCGCAGGAGUGAGAAGAGGUUUUAAAUUAAUUAGCGCCCCGGCGGCAAUUCAAGGAAAUACGGUAUGUGUCAUAAAUAAAUGAAUAUGAUUAAAUAAGUUCAUGUGGCAGAGUUAAAACAUUAAUACAAAUUGUCCAUCCAUCCA